CUCCUCGCUGCCAGAGCCAUCCUGGUACCCCAAAAGUUGCCAGGCUCCUAUCUCUCCUUUCCUUUCCCCCUCCCCCAGCUAAACUCCUGAUCCCUUUGAUCCCCUUCCCUUGCUCCAAGCAGGACCCUCCCCAUACACGUGGGGGGGGGGUUCUCCCUUCCCCUCUCUUCCCUUCCCCUCCCUUCCCCAUCCACGCAGCCUUCCUCCAAGCCAGGGAAGGCGGGCGGCGCAUGGACUCGCCCGCAAGAGGCGCGCGUGGAACGGCACGCCUCGAUUUUGCCCGCUCGGCAACCCCCGAUUCCAAUCGGUCCCGAGCCUGAGAAGAGGAUCACGCAGCGGCAGGGGGCGAUCCCCGCCCCCUCCCCUGCCGGAUCGGUCCCACCUCCUCCUCCUCCUCCUCUUCCUCCUCCCGCCGCUUCCUCGCCGACCGGCUCCGGGUGCAGCACGUUGGCUUUCGCGGCAGCAGCCAUCGCCGCCAGGGGCCAGCGUCGAGCGAUCUGCUUGCUGGAUCUCCGCUUCGUCCUUCGGGGGCGGCGAUGCGAUCGCCUGGCCAGGCUCUGGAUGCCGCUGGGGCCCCCCGGAGGAAGCCUCGAUCCGGGCUGGCUGAAGAGGAGCAGCAGCUGCUGCUGCCGAGUCUUCCUUCGCCGCCGGGAAACCCCUCCAGUUGCCACUGCUCAGCCCGGGCUUGGUCCUCAUGAGCAUCCGUUCUAAUGCAGCCCAUGGUCAUGCAGGGAUGCUCAUUCACCCUCCCCAGAUGUCGUGAAUGGCACAACGCCGGGGCGUCCCGUCGCAACAGCACCUCCUACCCUCAGUCUCAGGUUAAAACAGCUCGUGAUGGCACCAUACCAGCCAGUCUGAACAAGAAGCCUCCAAACGGUGCUGUUGGGCCCCCGAUGACCCUGGAAAUGAAUCUAUGCUGGAAUGAGAUUAAGAAGAAAUCACACAGCCUCCGGGCUCGCCUAGAGGCCUUCUCGGAUCACAGUGGCAAGCUGCAGAUUCCUUUGCAGGAGAUCAUUGACUGGCUUAGCCAAAAAGAUGAGGAAAUUUCUGCCCAGCUACCGCUCCGUGGGGACGUUCUCCUGGUACAGCAGGAGAAAGAGAGGCAUACGGCCUUCAUGGAAGAAGUGAAGUCUCGGGGACCAUACAUUUAUUCCGUUUUGGAAUCGGCACAAGUUUUCCUUACUCAGCACCCGUUUGAAGAAGUGGAAGAUGUAAAUCUUGACAGCAAAGAUGUCUCCCCAAGACACCGGAUCCAGAAUAUCAGCCGUUUUGUGUGGAAACAGGCGACGGUGGCCAGCGAACUGUGGGAAAAGCUGACCGCCCGCUGUGUCGACCAGCACCGUCACAUUGAGAGGACCCUAGAGCAGCUGCUGGAGAUCAAAGCGACCAUGGAAGAACUCAGCACCACCCUCAACCAAGCUGAAAGUGUGCAAGAGACAUGGGAACCCAUUGGAGACCUCUUCAUCGAUUCUUUGCCGGAGCAUAUCCAAGCCACCAAGUUGUUCCAAGAGGAGCUUUCCCCCAUGAAAGACGGAGUGAAACUUGUGAAUGACCUUGCACACCAGCUGGCGAUCUCUGAUGUUCACCUGUCCAUGGAAAACUCCCGUGCUCUAGAACAGAUCAACACACGUUGGAAACAGCUACAGGUCUCCAUCAAUGACCGUCUGAAGCACCUUCAAGAUGCCCACCGGGACUUUGGGCCAGGAUCUCAACACUUCCUGUCGACCUCAGUCCAGGUCCCCUGGGAACGAGCCAUUUCUCCCAAUAAAGUUCCUUAUUACAUCAACCACCAAGCCCAGACAACCUGUUGGGACCAUCCAAAGAUGACUGAAUUAUACCAAACGCUGGCCGACUUAAACAACAUCAAGUAUUCCGCUUACCGUACGGCCAUGAAGCUACGCCGGGUGCAGAAGGCUUUGAGACUGGAUAUGGUGACGCUGUCCACAGCCUUGGAGGUCUUUAAUGAACAUGAGCUCCAGCCCAGUGACCACGUGAUGGACGUGGUCGAAGUGAUCCAUUGCUUGACCGCUCUGUAUGAGCGGCUGGAGGAGGAAAGAGGCAUUCUGGUCAAUGUCCCUCUCUGUGUGGACAUGAGCUUGAAUUGGCUGCUGAACGUUUUUGACAGUGGGCGCAGCGGGAAGAUGCGGGCGCUCUCCUUCAAGACGGGCAUCGCGUGUCUCUGCGGCACGGAGGUGAAGGAGAAAUUCCAGUAUCUCUUCAGCCAGGUGGCCAAUUCCAGCGGGCUCUGCGACCAGAGGCAUCUCGGCAUCUUGCUCCACGAAGCCAUCCAAGUCCCGCGGCAGCUGGGGGAAGUGGCGGCCUUCGGCGGGAGCAAUGUGGAGCCCAGUGUGCGCAGCUGUUUCCGCUUUGGAAAUGGCAAAGCAUCCAUUGAGGCAACUCAGUUCCUGGAAUGGGCAAACUUAGAGCCACAGUCAAUGGUGUGGCUGGCCGUCCUUCACCGAGUAGCCAUUGCUGAGCAAGUAAAACACCAGACUAAGUGCUCCAUCUGCAGGCAAUGUCCCAUCAAAGGUUUCAGAUACCGCAGCCUCAAGCAGUUCAAUGUGGACAUCUGCCAGGCUUGUUUCUUGACGGGACGAGCCAGCAAAGGGAACAAGCUGCAUUAUCCCAUCAUGGAAUAUUAUACGAUGACCACUUCCAGCGAGAACAUGAGGGAUUUUGCUACCACCUUAAAAAACAAAUUCCGUUCCAAGCAGUACUUCAGCAAGCAUCCCCAGAGAGGGUACCUACCAGUCCAAUCCGUGCUGGAGGCAGAUGUCAUUGAAACGCCAGCCUCUUCUCCGAUGUUACCACAUGCUGACACCCAUUCUCGGAUUGAGCAUUUUGCUAGCAGGCUUGCAGAGAUGGAAAGCCAGACUUCUUCCUUUUACAACGACAACCUUUCGCCAGAUGAUAGCUUGGAUGAAGAUCAAUAUCUUUUGCGCCAUUCCAGCCCUGUCCCCGACGGAGAACCUAUCUCCAGCCAAGAAGCUCAGAAUGGCACCAGGACAGAUGAUAAAGGAGAACUGGAAAGAAUUUUGGCCCACCUGGAGGAUGAAAACAGGGUCCUUCAGGGAGAGCUGAGACGUCUGAAGUGGAAGCACGAAGAGGCAGCCGAGUCUGCCCAAGGAGCUCCUGAAACGGCCCAGGAUCCACCCAGUGAAGAGCUCUUGGCCGAAGCCCGCAUUCUUCGACAGCACAAGAGCCGCCUGGAGACCCGGAUGCAAAUCUUGGAGGACCACAACAAGCAGCUGGAAUCUCAGCUGCAGCGCCUGAGGGAGCUGCUUCUUCAGCCACCAGCCAAUUCCAAAGAAGAAGGCUCGGCCACUUCUUCCACCGUGGCUUCUUCUCCUCAACCAUCAGAAGAGAGUCAGCCUAGGGAAAAAGAUGCGAGCACUCCAAACACAGAAAUGGCAGAUGAAGUAGACGCAAAGUCCCAAGAUGUCAGUCUGUGUCUAGAAGAUAUCAUGGAGAAAUUACGGAAUGCUUUCCCCAAUAACGGAGGACAAAGAUCUAAGCCCUUGGCUUUGUUGAAGAAGUCCCUCAAGUUCUCCUAGAGACUUAGAAUUGGCAGCUGCUGGUCCAACCUCCCUAAUCUAACACCUCCUGAAGGCUAGAGGUUUUAUCUAACCAGUUCUUUUUAUUUAUAUAUAUAUAAUAAAUAUAUAUAUAUAUAUCAAAGCAAAAAUCACUCAUGCAUUAAUCACGAAAUCUCCAGAACCGUAAAGCCUACAAAUUUGAAAUUUGCCACGUAUGUUCCUCUUGGUUUCUAGGUGCUUAUUAAGAAAGGAUUUUUCGAAAUGACCAUCAGAGCAUUAGUAUUUCCUAUAUUAUUAUUAACACGCUCUGAUGCUAAGGAGUUCUACUCCCCCUCUCCACCUGAAAAGAAAUCUGUUCCAACUGCAAAACACAAGCAGAGGAGUUUCAGUUUCAGUUUUACUUUCACAGCAGGAAGCAGCUUUAAUACAGACAAAACAAAGACUUUAUAACAAAAACACUUGAGCUAAGCCACGCCCAGCCUCCUUCCUGUCUCCUUCUUGCUCACACAGCAAAUACUGUUUCACUUUCCAAACAGCCCUCUGAUGCUAAUGAGUUCUACUCCCCCUCUCCACCUCAAAAGAAAUCUAUUCCAAAUGCAAAACACAAGCAGAGGAGAGGAGUUUCACUUUCAGUUUUACUUUCACAGUAGCAAGCAGCUUUAUUUACUACUGAACAGUUGAGCUAAACCACACCCAGCCUCCUUCCUGUCUCUUUCUUGCUCACACAGCAAAUACUGUUUGAGUUUCCAAACACAGCGUACUGUCUGGGACAGUUCGUUUACACAGUGAUAUUUCUUAAGUUUCUAAUUUCUACCCCUGUUGUCCAACCAUUGAUAAAACAGAUCCCAAGUUCGAAAAUAUUCCGUGUCUUCUUUUUCUUUUAUCCUCUGUGUUAAUCUGUCUAUUUCUGCACAGUCCAAUAUUUUUUUAAAUUAUGCUUUCUCCCGUAGGUGUUUCCUUGCUUUUCCAAUGCUGUGCAAAUACAAUUCUUGCUGCUGUUUAAAACGUGCAAUAUCAAUUAUACAUUGCCUUUUAUCGUAUUUUUCUGGUAUUACGCCUAACAAAAAUAGCCCUGGCCUAAAAGCUAUAUGAACAUCAUUGGCUAUGACUCUGUUUCAUUUUCUCUUCCAGGUCCAACCUCCCUAAUCUAACACCUCCCGAAGGCUAGAGGCUUUUUCUAACCAGUUCUUGUCAACUGCUAUUCUCCUUUCUCUUCACUUCUGUCUUUCCCUCAUGUGGUGGGUUUCACCCGCAUCCUCAAAGGAGAGUUAUUCAGGAUCUGUGCAAGACCUCUGCUUAGAGACUUCAGGGGACUUGCCGGAGGAGUGAUCUAGGAUCAGCGACACAGAGUCAAAAAACCUGGUGCCCAAAAGAGGACCCGGGUUCGAGGAACUGUGAAAGGGCCCAUGUGAAAGCGAGGGGACAAAUCUUUCCCAGCAAAACAAAACUCCCAACAAAAAAAAACCGGCGUGUUCUCUUUUACAGUCUGUGAAUUGUUGCCCUUUGUGAGGUCAACUUUGGAGUUGAGAUGACCCACUGAGGAUUUGGCUUAAGCCAAUGAUCAAGUAGUGGUUUAAGCUAGCAAAGCCUUGAAGCUACUUUCGUAAGAACUGAUUGACAGAUAUUUCAAACCAAGAGACGAUUCAAGAACACGAGAAGAAAAUUACGUUUCUCGUCGAGAUUAGGAUAUUUGUGAAAUGACUGCGUUGUUUCCAUGCCUGACACGCUCAGUGGAAAUGAUGGAAGAAAUCGGGAGAAAUCUCACAGAAUUCGAAGAGAAAGAACAGAUUUCGGAAAGGCAUAAUUUUAGCAUCAGCAACAGCAGCCUUAUGACUGAUAAGCUUUAUAACAAAAAAGCCUUAUAGUUUUAUUGGUGUGUGUACCACACAAGCAUAAAUACAAUGUUGUCUAUAUUGUAUUUAAGUGCUGUUAUGGACUCCCAUCACGCAUUAAAUUCUAAUACUUGGUUGUAUGUUUAUUUUGGCUGGGCUCUUUCGCUCUGUUUCAAUUGCUGCUGUUGCUGAAUUUUGGUUUGGUUGUCUUUUGGCACUGGAUUGAUCUCCGCCGGAAUGACUUUGGAGCAGGGAGGGUUGGUUUGCCUGGUUUUCUUUCAUCCAUCUGAUUGUCCUAACAAUGCUUUUUUUUCCCCAAGAGGCAACUGGACUUUCUGGUUUUUCUUGGAAGACAUUUCGCUUCUCCUCCAAGAAGUUUCUUCACCUUCAGUAAGGAGUAGACCAUAGAGUGAAAGCAUAAUUGAUUAAAAUGCUACCCAGAGUCUUGUGCUACCAAUAGUUAGAGAAUAACAAUAAUUUGGGUUUGUACUGCGGAGUCCUUGGUGCUUUCUGAGCUUGAUUGUUUGCUUGCAGAUGUCUUAUAACCCAACUAGAUAACAUCAUCAGUGCUAGAAGGGAAUGGAGUUUGCUCCCUGUUUAUAUAUAGUAGAUUGCAGGGGUGGGUUCUACUUAUGCUUACUACCGGUUUGCAACAGGGCUGCAUGCACGCUUUUGCGUUCGCGCAGAAGCUUCCUGAUGACGUCGGGGUCAGUGGGUGGAGCUUCCCACCAGUUUUACUACCGGUUCUAUAGAACUGGUCUGAACCGGGGGCAACCCACCACUGGUAGAUUGCCCUUCCAGUUUUGGUGGGGUUGUGGUUUCUCCUUGGUAGUUUCUUUCCUUCUUGUUUGUCUGGUGGUAAUCCCUGCUUAUCUGGAUGUUGGUUGCUGGAGAGGGCUUGUUUUGGUCUAUUUGUUUCCUUCUUAACUGUGUUAUUGUCUCCUUUGAACGAUAUAUAAAUAUGGUUCAUCUCUAUGUGUCUUGAUGUUAUCUGGUCGGGUAAUGAAACAUUUGCAAUCAAACAGCCAAGCUCUGAGAGCACCAAGGACUCCAGAAAUUCCAAAUAGAUUUUCUAGAAAGGAGCUCUUCUAAGCUUUAAAACAACCCUGAACGGACAGUUUUGUCUUCUGGGAAACCAUCCUUCGCAUAUUUUAUUUCACGGGAAAUUGCUGUUGGUCCAAAGAAGACGUGAGCAAGAAAACAUACGAACACACCGGAUAAAUUAUGUACGCUUACCGCUGCUGGAGUGUACGUUUUAGCCAACAUGCUCCUUGUUGGAAUCAUCUGGGAUAUUUUCAAUUUCCACCGAUUUGUAAUAAAUGUACAUUGGUGUAUAAGAACACAAGGAGGAAAUAUCCUGAAUUUCUCCCACAGGGACAUAAGCAUAGAUGGGUGAUACAGAUUCCAUUGUAUUUAUGGGAUUUUUUAAAAAAGCAAAUGGACAGAAGUAUCUGUAUGAAAAGCAAAAUUCAGAAGGGAAGUAGAAAUUACGGUCCAGACAAGUCUGCUCCCUGUGGUUGCAUCAUGUGUUAGUUUCAGUGGGUGUGAAAAGCAUGCAUCCACAUCACUCACAUGCAUUCAGUGUGCAUUUUGUCACAGUAUUGACACAUGCGUACCAGUGAAGAGCAGCAUCUAUGGAGAUUCUCAGCCAUCCAGGUUACGGUUGUCCCAAAGGAGUUUUUUCAAAAGACAACUGCACUUUCUUUGUUUUUCUUGAAGACGUUUCGCUUCUCAUCCAAGAAACUUCUUCGGUUCUGUACCAAUGGUGCCAACAAUGAUUGUUGGAAUAUCAUUCUAGUCGUUAGGAAGGGUGUAUUUACAACCCUGAAUUAAAAGGCCUCAAUAUGGGUUAGUUGGAGAUUAUGGACUACAAUUUGUCCUAAAGCAAACAUCACUUGGGUUUUUAGUCAGGUAUGUUGGAUGGUUUGCGUAGUGUCGAAUUUAAUGUGUAGCGUUUGGAGCAAGACCUCGUACAUGGAAUUUUACCCUUGCAGAGUAUGGACUGAAAAGCCAAUAAAGGAGAAUAUUGAUAGCUCAGGGUUGAAAGGUGGAGUCCAUGAUCGUUGUAGCCUGCCAGCAGCCAGCGGAGCUGGAAGCAGAUUCAGACAGUAAGGAGAUUGGGGAGGAACAUGGGCCAGUCCUGGAGUCUGGGGAAGGCUCUGACGAGGGCUCUGCGUCGGAGGCAGAGUUGAGGCAAAGGCCAUAUGCCAGUUAUCAGCUACCUUCGGAAUCAGACAUCAGUGAGGCAGACGAACAGCUGGAGCCUCUUCCCAGUGUGCGCAUGCGCAGAGUUGCCAGACGAAGGGAACAGCUAAAGAACAGGGGUCGACUUAGGAGUAAGGCCCCAGGUGGACGAUGAAGGGCCCCUCCCAGAGGGAAUAAAAGAGGAGCGAAAGGGGACUGGAGUUUGCAGGAGACAAUUAGUUCAUUCCUGCAUUCUUGCCAAGUAUUGCAGCGUCUGAAAGAUAUCGGCCUGGCCACUCUCCAAGCCUAAGAAAGGUCGGUCAUUGUGAACUAUCUUGAAAGACUGUGGGAGAGGAAAGACUUUGCUGGAGAGGAAUUCACUGUAAAUUAAAUAAAAGGGGUUUAUCGAGACGAGGACUUAGCUUCGUGCUGCUGGGGAAGUUUAGGUCAGAACAAUGAUUCUCUCUGAACUUCCUGGUUUCCUUGUAGACGUUUCAUUACCCAGCUGGGUAACAUCCUCAGUGCACCGAUCGUCAGGGCACAGAUGAUGUAACUUAGUUUGGGUAACGAAACAUCUUCAAGAAAACAAUUUCAGAGAGCCCCAAGGACUGAAGAACAUAUCUGUUCAAAAAAGGAGGCGUGCUUUUUGGAAACCUCUCUUAGAAAGUUACACCGUGUUGGCCUCUCGUUUGUUAAAAGUUCCUGCUGUAGCAGUAGAAGGUCCACCUCGGAGGUUUUACUUUUCAGUUGGUGAUAAUGCCCAGAAUGGUUCUUCAUUCUAACAUUGUAAAUUGUCAGGAAGGCUACAGAUGUUGAAAGUAGGGUAAACCGGGAAGGAUGUUAUAGCACGUAAGGUUACACGAUAAAGUGGGGGGCGGGGAAGAGAUUGCGGCAUUUUGGAUAUUUGGGUAGGUUCCAUGCAGUAAAUAUUUAAAGACUGUCUGUGAUGGUUGCUGGCCAGCUGUAAAUCCUUUGUAAGACCACCCCUGGAAUCCUGUUUGCAGACUCUCUGCAGGAAAUCAGGUUGAACGGGAGGUCUAACAACAGAUGUUGAACCAGCCUCUUGGAAUUAAUGCCUUUGGGUUGCAUUCGGCUGCAGAUCCCGCUGUUCUACUCCUACAGCUGGCCAGCCCUUUCUAUUUUUGAUGUUUUUUUCUCCAGGGAAACCUGGGGAAUGCAACUCCGCAAGAGAUUUUUGUUUUCCUGGUACUCGUUUCGUGCCAAUCUAAAUAGAGUGUUUCAGUUUGAUAUGUUUGAAACCGGGUUAGAUUCCUUCUCUAGAUGCGUUGUGGUCUGCCUGCAGCCUGCGGAGCUGGCAGCGGAGUCAGACAGUGAGGAGGUUGAGGAAGAACAUGGGCCAGUCCUGGAGACUGGGGAAGGCCCGGAUGGGGGCUCUGCGUCGGAGGCAGAGAUGGGGCCAGGGCCAUCGGGGAGUGAUGUGUGGACUCCGGAGCCUCCGGAGUCAGACAGCAGAGAGACAGAGGAACAGGAGGAGCCUGUUCCUAGUGCAUGCAUGAGAAGAGCUGCCAGAAGGCAAGAGCAGCUAAAGCAAAAAGGACGACUCGGGAGUAAGGCCAAGAGAUGACUGGCCCCUCCCAUAAGGUUUAAAAGACCAGCAAUGGCUCUUGGGCUCUUUGUCGGAAAACAACGUUGAUAGAUUUGUUUCUUGCCUUGCUGCAUUUAUUUCUUGUCGGCAUCUUCUGCUUCUGAACUUUUGCCAAGAAAAGCCUUUGGCAGGUUGCCUAAUUAGACCAAGGUUGGUGAUAAGGCUGAAGAAUGGUGUUAUGAAGAAUUUGUUUUGAAUUAGUUUGGACUACGCUGAGAAUGAGUUAAUUCUCAGCUGUUCUAAUAAAGUCUGUUUGUUUUGAACUGAUUGUGUCUGAUAAUACCUACUUGGGCCUGGGUCACAACAAGAUGCUUCUUGGAGUUACUAAGAUUAGGAAGCAGAAGUUGGCUUGCAGGGUCCUGUCAGUGUUGGUGAGAAUGUUCCUGGUUGACCCCAAGAUUAAUACUAGACUAGCGAUCAAGCAAUAAACAAUACCUCAGUCAAGUGACUACCAACUCAGGCAAACAGUAAACAGCAGUCAAACAGUAAACAAAACCAAGAUCACUCCUACCAACGCUGACAGGGCAAGCCACUAGAAUAUAAAUUUGAGAGCAAAUCCCAAUCUGUCCUAGCACUGAUGAUGUUACCUAGUUGGGUAAUUAAACGUCUGCAAGAAAACCCAGCUCAAAGAGCACCAAGGACCCAACAGUGAAGGAUGUAACAACUGUUGGUAUUGAUAGGCUUGAUCCCUUCUAUGACAUCUGGCCAGUGGUGGGAUUCAACCGGUUAGCGUGUACGGUGAGCGUGUGAUUUGCGUGUGCGGACAGCGUUGAAAAACUGCCCGUUUUAAUCGCAAAACCUUACCUUCUAUUGCAGCGCUAGUGAGUAAAACAGCUGAGAGGCGGGAAUCUGUGCCGUGCAAAUCAGCUGAGCUGAAAAACACGGAAAUAUAGGAUAGAAUAGGGCAGGGGCGGGUGAGCGGGGCCAACUGAUCACCGGAACUACCGGUUUGUCUGGACCGGCUGAAUCCCACCACUGCAUCUGGCCAUUGCCAACACUGGCGGUGCAACAUCUCAUCUCAAAAGAGAUGGCUAGCAAAAUUCUUCUCCUUUGAUCUUCCGGGACAUCUUUUGUGGUCCAUCCACAGAAGAGAACCAGCCAAGAAUAUAUAUUCAGAUUGUCUGGCGACAGAAUGAGGGGAGGAAAUUCUGGGUUAAAAGCAAGUGAACGUGGGAGCCAAAUACAGGAGGAGGGUUUCUUUCUCUAAAGAUCAGGAGCUAAACUAAUCUGGACAGGUGAUGAUGUUUUCUUCGCUCAAAUCUUUCUUGAUUUCUUCUGUUCUGGAAAACAAUGACAAUAAAUUUGUAUUUCCGUU